AAUCAUGAUUCAUGAGUCAGUAAAGUGAUUCUCGAGUAUUGAACGAUUCGUUCAUGAUUCGCGCAUCACUAGUCCGUAUCCAGCCAUUUUCAGCCCGCGUCCUUCUUUCUGUCUGCAAGACUCCCAAGAGAAUCAUCGGUCCUCUAACAUUUUUGGGCUGUGGACUUUUUUCUCCCGGAAGUUGGAAUGUAUAAAUAUUAUGAUUAGUGGACAGCAAUGAUUAGCGGAUGGAUGGAGCUGCUUCCUUUUUUGGCAGCUUCUGCCACAACAUACCGGCCAUAUGUGACUCUGCGCUACUACGUGUCCUUCUCGUGAUCGUGUCUCUUCUAUGUGCUGAUGUAGAAGCUCUCCAAGUGAUUGGUGAAAGUGUGACAGUGGAACAAGGAGGUACUGCUAUCUUAUCAUGUUAUGUCACUGGUACCAAUGAUGACCUGACACAGAUUACCUGGCAGAGGAAGACGAGAGAAAAACCUCACAAUGACAAUUUCCUCACUAUCCUACCCAGAGAGGGAGUGCAGUUUGUCAAUGGAGGUGAUGAUCGAUUUAAAUAUAUCGGGAAUUUUAACAACAAUAAUGGAACUCUCCAGUUAUCCAGUGUUGCCCUGAAGGAUGAAGGCAGCUACACGUGCAUCUUCACCUUUUUUCCCAGUGGAAAUCAGAAAACUGAGAUAACUCUAAACUUGCUUGUGCCUCCUUUCACAAACAUCAAGGACAAUCUUCCCACUUUGGGCACUGAAGAGGUUUUAUUUGCUACCUGCACGGCUGCUGGAUCGAAGCCUCCUGCAGAGGUGAGGUGGCUCACUGGUGCUUUGGGAGAAAAAGUGAGGACGACGACAAACUCCACCCAGUAUGACAACGAUACAACUACCACUGUCAGCUCGUUGUUUGGUGUUCCUACGAGAGAGAUUAACGGUCACCAGGUCCAGUGUGUCAUCAGUGGUGGCUCACUGUCUACAGACAGAAGUCUCUCCUUCACUAUACAGAUCUACUUUUCUCCCACAGAAGUGAACAUUAGCGUGAUUUCAGAGGACUCGUUCGAGUGUGUGACAGAAGCCAAACCAAAUGCAAACUUUAUCUGGAGCAGAUCUGGCCAGUCUUUGCUGGAGUCUGCUGUCAAAGUAGAUGGUGCAAAGCUACAACUGCUGAGCCUGACCUCUGAUCUGAAUGGCCUUUAUCAGUGUGAAGCAUCUAACACAUAUGGAAGUAAACGUGGUCAGCUCUACGUGCAUGUGGCAUCAGGAUCGUGCUCUGCUGCAUGGGCCUUACUUGGUGUUUUGAUUUUCCUGAGCAUCGUUGGGGCUGCAGUAUGGUACUUUUAUAAACAUGAAGAUCAAAGGUACUUCAUACAUUAA